UCUGUGCUGUUGAUAUACUAUUAUGGGUAUAUUUUUGAGACGCUCUGUAUUAUCUGGAUUUGUAAAUUGAUGGAUUUCGAGAUGUUUACCUGAAGUGAGAGGCCGCAAGAGGUGUAUAACAAAAUAACAACAUGCUGUUGAAGGUAUUGCUGCUUCUAACAUAUAUGUCAGCUAGUGUCAUGUCCGAAGAUACUACCAUACCCCCAAUGGUAGAUUUGUAUGCGAUGAUGGCUGCAGUGAGCUCAGAAAUAAAUUUUUGGCCAGUACCUGAAUUGAGUGCAACUGCCUUAGAAGAUUUUGAAAGACAUAAGGAAGCAAACACAUGUAAAGUCAAACUGGAAGCUAGCUGCCCACAAAGAAAAGGAAAGACAGGACAUUGUUUUAGCGAUGUCCAUGCAAAUUGCUGCUACCUUACUAAUCCUAUAACACUAUUGCAAGAUGGUUCUUUCAUAGCUAACUCAACCAAGGUGAAUGCUGUUUGCAUAACAAACAGAAACUGGAACAAAGGAGAGAUUGACUGUGAAGAUGUAUUCAAAACUAGAGUGGCCACAUACCCACAAUGUAACUCAUCAAGCCUACGCGGAUUGCUGACAAAAACCGACCAGACAAAGCAAGAAAUCAUUUACAUCUGUGAAGACAAAAAGAAGAUGAGAGUAUUGAAACCGAAUCCAAAAACAACAGAGAACAAAUGUGCACCAAGCUUCUACAGGAAAAUGUCAAAACUUAGAUGCUGCUCCUUAAAACUUGAUGCCGAUGGUUCUGUUAGAAUCGUGUGUAAUACCAGCAAGAAAUGUAGAAAAUAA